AUGGCCGCCAGAUUAACGCAAGUAAAGAAUCACCUGCAGUCUAUCAUGUCUGGAACGAUCACUGCCGAGAAAUGGGACGAGGUUCCUCUCGCGCCCCCGGACGCCAUCUUCAAGCUCACUGCGGCGUACAAGGCGGACACCUACCCGCAGAAGGUCAACCUGGGUGUUGGCGCGUACCGCGAUGACGACAACAAGCCCUGGGUUCUUCCUGUUGUGAAGAAGGCGACUGAAAUCCUCGUGAAUGACCCCGCACUCGACCAUGAAUACCUGCCCAUCACCGGGCUGCCGGAAUACACUUCCGCGGCUGCGCGUCUAAUCUUCGGCGCGGACUCGCCCGCAGUUACCGAAGAUCGUAUCACAAGCGUGCAGACCAUUUCGGGCACGGGAGCGAACCACCUCGGGGCUCUCUUCCUCAGCCGCUUCUACCACUGGAAUGGCAAGCGCGUGUACGUCAGUGAUCCCACAUGGGUCAACCACCACCAGAUCUUCCCGCUCGUCGGCGUAGAGGUCUCGACGUACCCCUACUACGAUCCGAAGACGAUCGGCCUCGCGUUCGAGCCCUACCUGGAUGCUCUCAAGAGCGCACCCCCCCGCUCGGUUUUCCUCAUCCACGCCUGUGCGCACAACCCGACGGGCGUGGACCCCACGCGCGAGCAAUGGAGCAAGAUCGCGGACGUCAUGCUCGAGAAGGGCCACUUUGUGUUCUUCGACUCCGCCUACCAGGGCUUCGCGAGCGGCGACCUCGACAACGAUGCGUGGGCGGUGCGCGAGUUCGUUCGGCGGGACGUGCCGCUGCUUGUCUGCCAGAGUUUCGCCAAGAACGCCGGGCUGUACGGCGAGCGCGUCGGAGCGCUGCACGUUGUGUCGCCCUCGAAGGAGAGCGCGACGCGGGUCAAGAGCCAGCUGUCGGUGCUCGCUCGCUCGGAGAUAAGCAACCCGCCGGCACACGGCGCACGUCUGGUGUCGCUCAUCCUGAACACGCCGGAGCUGUUUGAGGCCUGGAAGGAGGACAUUCGCACGAUGGCCGGGCGUAUCAUCGAGAUGCGCAAGGAGCUGCACCGGCUGCUGAGCGAGGAGCUCAAGACGCCCGGAAAUUGGGAUCACAUUCUGAACCAGAUCGGAAUGUUCAGCUUCACGGGGAUUAACCCGAGCCAGAGCCAGGCGAUUGUGGAGAAGGCGCACAUCUACCUCACCCAGAACGGGCGCAUCUCGAUGGCCGGGCUGAACAGCCACAACAUCCGCUACUUCGCUGAGUCGCUCGACAAGGCCGUCCGGGGCAUGCUCUAG